AAUUUGCAUAUCGUGAAACAAAAAUUCAGAAGCGGCACAGGAAGCGAUCUAUUAUGGGAAGGAGAAUGAACUGCCUUAUUUAUUCGCGAUGCCGAUCUUUUCUAUAGUUUACGCCUCGACUUCACGAUUCCGGGACUCACUGCAUCUUUAGCUAAUCGAUUAUGAAUCACGAGAAUUCAAUCCUCGAUAUUUCCUUAAUAUCUAAAUCCAAGUCUACAUUUCAAUCCCGACGAGCAUGUUGAAGUGGCGGGUAACCUUGCUUAUGGCGUCGUUUGGACGAUGGGGUGUUACGGGACAAUCGGCGAUAUCUACUACCACAAUAGACCGCCCUUCGCCUAUUACAGCUCGAGCUUCAGCUAUUACAAAAGACCCCUUCGUAGGCUUCGUAGUUGUGUCAGCUACAACCAAACCGAUAUAUUGCCCCGAUGGCGACGUAUUCACCACAUCGGCCAAAUUUGCAGCUUGCUGCGCUUCGACGGCAUCAUCUUGUGCUAUUGCCACCGGCUGUGAAGACAAUGCGAUGGCAUAUUCGAAAGGCACAACAUCUAACUGCGGCCCAAUGCGAUGCCAAACACGACAAAUAUUUUCGACAUAUGGAAUAGGGGAUCCGGUUCUUAUGCCCCUCUGUGCUAGCUCCGGCGAAAUAGAAUUAUUAUAUCGGACCGUACCGACGACUUCAAGUUUAGCCCUGCCUCUUACAGCUGUUGACACCACCGGCGCACUAUCAACACGCCCGCCAAUGAUGGUCACAAUUAUGGGCGCUAAUGGCUACCCAGAGCCAGGAGCAGCUGCCGUACAAGCCAAUCAAGGUACUCAGGCGACAACUGACUCUCUAUCACCUAACUUAGUUGGUAUAAUUGUCGGCUCUACGUUUGGGUCUGCGGCGAUUGUGGCAUUAGCGGUGGUUGCAUUCUUGUAUAGGCGAAGGCAAGACAGAGAAAAGCGAGCGGCCCAAAAUCACGGGCGAAAUUGGAAGAUACGGCCGGAGACACCGGACUCAUGGGAUGGGGAAUCUAGUGUCUCUGUAGCGGGUUCAAGACGGAGAUACUCAGACCCUUACAGGAGUAGACCGAUCGAAUUAUCGCCUAUGCCCAGGACACGGCGAUGACACUUUACAAAUCCAUCUUUCACAACAACUUAAAAUACCCUUUGCGACCUGCAUUUAUUAUGUAAUGAAGUAUGAUAUUCGUGUAAUAUAAAGCAUACCUCGGAGUUUGGGAGGUUAUUAGGUUAGGUAGCAUUUAGGCACCGGAUAGCCAAAAAGAAAUCAGGAUUCCUUGUUUACCCAAGCCUCUCCACGAUACAGCAGUGAUAGUUUAUGAUUGGCAA